AUGGCUGAGGAAGCGCAGGUCAAGAUCAGAUUCUUCACGCGAGAACAAGAUGAGUCUCUCAGAGCAGACGACUCAACGCUAUUCGCGCCCGUGUCGUUGAAGAGAUACGGGCUCUCAGAGAUCGUCAACCACCUUCUGGGGCUCGAGAGUGCGGUUCCAUUCGACUUCCUGAUCGACGGGGAGCUGCUGCGCAGCUCUCUCGCCGAAUACCUGACCAAAAAGGGUCUAUCUUCCGAGACAUGUCUCAACGUUGAGUACACACGCGCUGUGCUCCCACCGUCCUACCUGAAAAGUUUCGACAACGAUGACUGGGUCAGCGCCCUAGACGUUGGCGACAGCCGGAUUGUUAGCGGCUCCUACGAUGGUAUUGUGCGCACCUGGGACCUGUCUGGCAAAGUGGAGAAGCAGUACGCUGGCCACGCGGGCGCCGUGCGCGCCGUCAAGUACAUAUCCGGCACCAGGCUUGUGUCCGGCGCAAACGACCGUACGCUGCGUCUGUGGAAGACCAAGAACGAUGCCCUGAAGAACAACCUGGAGGCCGAAGAAGACGACGUGGAGGACGGUAAGACCUUGGCUAUUCUCGAGGCCCACAAAGCUCCAGUGGUAACAUUGGACGUGAGCGCUGACAGAAUCCUCUCAGGAUCUUACGAUAACUCUAUCGGUUUCUGGUCCACCAACCACAAGGAAAUGACCGCAGUGGACCCUAUGGAUGCACUUGGAUCUAACGUUUCAUCUGCUGCUAAGAAAAGAAGAAAGCUAGCCCUCAAAGAUGGCUCUGUGAGAAGACGUUCUCCACUCGCGCUUUUAGAGUCUCACACAGCUCCUGUCGAAGGCGUCAUAUUCGAUUUUGCUGAUAAAACUGUUGGCUACUCCGUGUCUCAAGAUCACACCAUCAAGACCUGGGAUCUUGUUACUGCUCGCUGUGUCGAUACUAAGUCUACUUCUUAUUCUCUUCUGUCCAUGGUUCAGCUGCCUCAACUCAACUUACUCGCUUGCGGAUCUAGCGCCAGGCAUAUCACCCUGCAUGACCCUCGUGUUGAUUCAUCCACUAAAAUUACGCAACAGCAGUUGAAUGGCCACAAGAACUUCGUGGUUGCACUUGAUACUUGCCCAGAAAAUGAGUAUAUGCUCUGUUCGGCGUCUCAUGAUGGUACAGUCAAGGUCUGGGACGUAAGAUCUAAUGUUCCAAUGUACACAAUUACCAGAGAAGCCGAUGUCACAAAGGGCGUGAACGACAAGGUUUUCGAUGUUAAAUGGGCGAAGGGCGUAGGCAUCAUCAGUGGUGGCCAGGACAAGAAAAUCCAAAUUAAUAAAGGUGACGACAUCUUCAAGAAAUAG